CUUGGUAACCUCAUUGAUCCCGGCUCAUAUACGUUAACCAGUUUGAUAUUUAUUACUGUGCAGAAUGAUAUUCUUGUAGCCAACAUGGACAGGUUGUUUAUCAUUAUAACUCUUAGCGUGUCCAUAUUUCUGACAGGCGUAACAGAUGCGAUCUGUGAUUUCAAUUACUGUCUAAAUGGCGGCAUAUGUUCGGAUUGGUGGGGUUCCGAAUUCUGUGACUGCGAGGAAGAAUUUAAUGGUGACGUCUGCCAAUACGAACCAUGCGCAGAAGGUCCGUGUCUGAAUAAUGGCGACUGUCACGCUGAUCAUGACUCCUCAACUGGUUCGUACACAUGCAUAUGUUAUGGUGACUACUAUGGGGCGCGAUGUGAAAAGGCUUUGGACCACCAUGACGACACAGACUUAACCGUCGGAAUCAUCGUUGCAAUUAUCAUCGGAGGAAUUGUUGCCGUUGUUCUUCUUGCAGUUUGCAUCGGUUGUAUCUGCUACCACAGUGGCCACCGACCUCCUCGGACCACCACAACGGUUGUAGUACCUGCAGCAUAUGCGCUGCAGCCGCAAUACCCACCAACCAGCUAAAUAUACCAUGGUGUAGACUUGCCACAAGUCUCUAAUUUAUAAAUUUUUCGUAAUAUGGAACGCCAUUGGUGCCAAAAUUCAUUUAUUUUUAAGCAUUUACACUGAUUAAGACAUAGUCUACCCAUGGUGCUGCUGCUGCUACCACCAACAACUGUAUGCACCACCAUCAUUUUGAGUUUCAGCCACAACCGGUGAAUUCUGUUUGUGGAAGCGGUUUGGCGCACGGAACGGUUUGGUUUCCCAACCUCGAGGUCAUGGUUUUAAUCCCUCGCUGUGCAUUUUGCUUGUGUCUUUGAGCAAGGCACUUUAUCUAAGUUGCUUCUCUACACCCAGGGGUAUACAUGGGUACCUGGUGGGGUUGCUUGCUCCUACGCCAAGAUGGCAGCAACACUUAAGCAUGUGGACCCAAUGACCAGGGAACAACUUACAGCGCUUAGUAAAGAAAGUCGCUAUGUAAAAUUACGAGAUUAGAUUAGACUCACUUAUUGGCAUUUUAUGCUUUGUUCACAUUUGAGUAUCUGAAUGGAGCGUACCAGUACUCACCUUAUUUCAAGAUCUGGAAGAAGAUUAGUCCUUCCAUAAACUCCCUAUCCCUAUAAAUGACGACCAAUUGCCACAGAUAAAAGUAGAUUCAACAGAAAUCCCAAAAAAUGAUGUUUGGAUAGGAAGUAUUGAAUAUUUUUAAAUGAUGUAGGGCCUAGCUACAUAUUUUUUUUGUUCCAUGCGACAUAUAGACAUGUAUAAUAAAUGCCCAUAAUUUUGUAUUCUUCUUUUCUA